CCUAACUUGACUCGCAGACGACAAACUUGGCCAAAGCCACAGAAGAGCUUGCAAUACUGCCAGGACUGAGGAGUACGGACUUGCAAGACAACAUGAAGAGAGCGCAAGAUUUCAGUUCUUCUGAUAGCGAACUAGAUGACAGUACAGAGUUGGAAAAGGAGAGCACUGAGGAGAAUGAGAAUACCUUUUCAAAUGAAACUGUACCGUCAACAUCACAGGCGAGGAAGCGGCGCAGAGGGAUUGUUGAAAAACGACGACGUGAUCGUAUUAAUAGCAGCUUGUCAGAACUGCGUAGGCUCGUGCCGAGCGCUCUUGAGAAACAGAGCUCUACAAAGCUAGAAAAGGCUGAAAUAUUACAAAUGACUGUGGAUCACCUCAAGCUCCUCCACGCAGCUGGGGGGAAAGGUUACUUUGAGGCCCAGUCAGUGGCCAUGGAUUACAGGAACCUUGGUUUCCGUGAAUGCCUGGCAGAGGCAGCUCGCUACCUGAGCAUGGCUGAAGGUCUUGAUGCCUCGGAUCCUCUGCAAGUCCGCCUCAUGUCUCACCUCAGCAGCUACGCCUCUCAGAGAGAAGUGCACUCUGGACUCGGGCACACAGCUUGGGGCCCAGGUUUCAGGACCCCUUUGCUAGCUCACCAUCCCCACCAGCCCCUCCACUUUCCUCCGAAGCAAACCCAGCAGAGUGUGUCUCCAGCAGGGUUACGAAGCAACAGCAGCUCCCCUUCCUCUUCCCCUGCGCAUCUCUCUCUCUCGUCCCGCCUGACCAGCCCGUCACUGCCCAAGUCUGGACCCUCACAGAUACCCCCUAGUGGGUCUGGGCACAACCUCAAUGCCUGUGUGGCCGCUAAACUUCCGCCACCAUUCCUGUCGUCCCUCUCCCCCCUCUCCGCCUUUCCCUUCAGCCUGGGUGCCUUCCCCCUGUUCGCCCCCUCGGUGAGCCCAGCUGCAGCGGGGACAGCUGUGGCGAAGAGGCCCUACAGGCCGUGGGGAACAGAGAUAGGGGCUUUCUAACCCCCAACGCCCCCACUUCCUCAUGGGUCUUUCUGAACUUGCCUCAACCUCACAGAAAAGUCAGGGGCCAUUUGAAGCCCCCGCGUGAAAUGAAAUAUUGGCAUCUGUUGGAGUCGGACCUCUGUAUGGUGACAACUCUCCUACAAGUGUUUUGAGUUAAAACAGAGCAUAUUGAUCUCUGUGGUCUGUACAUUUAAGGACCACAUUCAAGGAGAGCAGCCCAUUGUAUUUUCCAGCCCAUUUUAGUUUCCAAUGUGUCCUUCAGUUUUCUGAAAUAAUUUCUUUGUGCCUGAUGAGUGCCCAGUCUUAACAUGACAAGGCCAUAAUCUGAAGUGAUUAAUCUGAAGGUUUGACAUCCUGUACACUGCAUGAUUGGAACGCUUCUCACAGAACUUAUUGUUCUGCUUCUGUCAACAUGGGAAUGCUAAGGAUUAGUCAGUAGAUAUGCUAGUUUUAAAAGCAGGCAUAGGCUAUUGUUUAAUAAUUUAAUUCUAUUUUUUAUAUCUGAAGCUAUGUUAUCACUGAAAAUGUAAAUGCAUGAUUUUGAAUGUUAUAAUGUUAUGUUUUCCCUUCUGGAUUAACCACUAGAUACUGCCAAACCUUGGAUUCUGAAUAAACUAUACAUUUCAGUAUAAA